ACAACACAGUGUAAAGCCACCACUUGGACUGACACCUUGACCUCUGCUCCUGCAUUUACGACCGCUCAUUGGACACCAUUUACCAGAAAUCACCCCACAAAAUAAAUCCAUUGAGAAUAGACCCAGGAUACCCCGCCAAACCCCACCGGCCCAGCCUGCCUGCCCCCGACACCAGCCCGGAAUCAAGACUUGCUGCCCUGCUCUCUCCAUCGCAUCGAAUCCUUAUUCCUUCGUAUUACCUACGAAGUACUUGUAUACAGCUUCUUGACGAACGCCAAGCACUCUCAUCGACGAAGAGCGACCGGCUCCUUGUGGCUGUUGAGCAUUGAGAGGGUUCCAAUAUUCUUUUUGACCUACAACAGCGACGAUCCGCCCUUUGUAUCCUCCUAGCACUUCCACCACCCUGCUCGCUACCAUCAAACAAUACCCACACCCUACUUCAAACCGUGUCUCUCGAGAUGGCAGGCGAGGAGACCAACGUCAAUGAUGGCAGCCGUCUGCUCAUCAUAUCCAACCGCCUCCCUUUGACCAUCAAGCGCACUGACGAUGGCCAGUACAACUUCUCAAUGUCCUCGGGUGGUCUGGUCACAGGCCUGAGUGGCCUGUCCAAGACGAUGACCUACGAGUGGUACGGAUGGCCUGGGUUGCAGGUUCCAGAAGCAGAGGUUGACCUUAUGAGGGAGAGGCUCAAGAAGGAGUGCGAUGCCCAUCCGGUCUUUGUCGACGAUGACCUCGCAGACAAGCACUACAAUGGCUUCUCCAAUGAGAUCCUUUGGCCUCUCUUCCACUAUCACCCCGGCGAGAUCACCUUCGACGAGUCUGCAUGGGCUGCCUACCACGAGGUCAACCAGCUCUUCGCCAAGACUGUUGCUGCAGAUGUGCAGGACGGCGACAUGAUCUGGGUCCAUGAUUACCACCUCAUGCUACUCCCCCAGAUGCUGCGCGAGCUGAUCGGCGAGUCCAAGAAGAAUGUCAAGAUCGGUUUCUUCCUACACACUCCCUUUCCCUCCUCCGAGGUUUACAGGAUUGUCCCCAUCCGCGAGGCCCUCCUCUAUGGUGUUCUCCACUGCGACCUGAUCGGCUUUCACACCUACGAUUAUGCCCGACACUUCCUCUCCUCCUGCAGCCGCAUCCUCUCCACGCCCACCACCCCCAACGGCGUCGAGUUCAACGGCAAGUUCGUCACCGUGGGCGCGUUCCCCAUCGGCAUCGACCCCGAGAAGUUUGUUGAGGGCCUCAAGCAGCCCAAGGUGCAGGAGCGCAUCGCCGCCCUGUCCCGCAAGUUUGAAGGCGUUAAGCUUAUUGUUGGCGUUGACCGGCUUGACUACAUCAAAGGCGUGCCGCAGAAGUUGCACGCGCUCGAGGUCUUCCUGACCGAGCAUCCCGAGUGGAUCGGCAAGAUCGUGUUGGUCCAGGUGGCCGUGCCCUCUAGGCAGGAUGUCGAGGAGUACCAGAACCUCCGAGCUGUGGUCAACGAGCUGGUCGGCCGGAUCAACGGUCGUUUCGGCACCAUCGAGUUCAUGCCCAUUCACUUCCUGCACCAGUCCGUCAGCUUCGAUGAGCUGACUGCACUCUACGCCGUCAGCGACGUGUGCUUCGUCACCUCCACACGCGAUGGCAUGAACCUCGUCUCGUACGAAUACAUUGCCACGCAGCGCGAGCGCCACGGCUCACUAGUCCUGUCUGAGUUCACCGGUGCUGCCCAGUCGCUUUCGGGCAGUCUGAUUGUUAACCCGUGGAACACGGAGGACAUGGCCAAUGCCAUCCACGAGGCCGUCACCAUGAGCGCAGAGCAGCGUGAGGCAAACUACAAAAAGCUCGAGAAGUAUGUAUUCAAGUACACGAGCGCAUGGUGGGGCAAGCAGUUCGUCACUGAAAUGAAGAGGCUCGAUGCCAACGCGGAUUCCACUCAAGGAUAAGGUCGGCGGUGCUAUCAAGAGCGCUGUAGAUGCUGUGACGGGGCAAGAGACCAAGCUGGAUGACGAGGCCGGAAAGGCUGAGGGGAGCGCUGCCACAUAAAUAGAGGGGCGUUCUUUGGGUGGACGGGGAUAGAGCGGAUUGUGCAUGGCCGCGAAUAGACUUAUGGCGAAGUUGUUUAGCGGAGGCAUCUGACAGCCGAGGCCGUGGCUGUGUGGAUGGUCGGUCAAUCCUGAAGAAGGCGACCUGGGUAUCGGACGGGUUGGCAUGAAGGGUAUGGUAUAGACAAGCAUUUCUUACGUCUUAGGGUUUCUGUAGCAUUGGAGUUGGACAAGUAAACAUCUUUUUUCUCCCUCUUCCUCCCCCAGAAUGUAUAUACGUCCGUAGUCCUAGUUUUGGGAACAGGGUAUCUCCCCACUUACUCCUUGAAUCGCAACUCCAUUCUUGUUUGCGC